GUUUCCAUUGGGACCACCUGCCUCUUGAGUGUCUUUCAGGCCUUGACCAUUAGUCCCAGGAAUUCCUGUUGGAAGGAUUAUAAAAUCAAAGUUGAAAAGAGCAUUGGCUGCCACAUUUCUCUCCUCUGGAUACUGUACAUGUCGGUAAAUUCCAUUCAUUUUGCAUACACGCUUGUCAACAGGAAAAGCAACAAUGUGACAAGAAAAUGGGAUUUGGGAUACUGCCGCGCUGUAGGUUUGAGUGAAAUUGGUGGUUCGCUCUAUGCAGCAUUUGUCGUGUGCCCUGAAGUCAUCUUUUCUGUGUUUAUGGUCUGGUCUAGUGGAUCCAUGGUUCUCAUUUUGUAUAAAAACAAACAGAGGGUUCAAUAUAUUCAUAGUUCUUGCAGAACCUUCCCUGAGUCCAGAGCCACCCAGAACAUUCUGAUCUUAGUGUCUACCUUUCUGAUUUUUUAUACAUUCUCCUCCAUCUUCAGAGGCUACACUGCUGUUUUGUAUAAUCAAAAUUGGUGGCUCAAGAACAUUAAUGACUUUGUUUCCCUCUGUUUCCCAUCAUUUGUACCCAUUAUCCUUAUCUAUCAUUCCUCUAUUUUAUCCAAGCUUUGUUUGGGCUGA